GAUAUGGUGAAAGAUGAGGUUAAAGAGUCACCACCGUUAAAGGCCCUGGUUAUUGCCGACAGUUUCGAUAGACGUUUUCUCCCCGUCCUUGGAAAUUCUCUUUCUUGGGUAAUGAAAACGGUAUUUUUUUGGAGCAUUUUCAGUUUCUGGGACGGCUAUUUCCAAUCUCUUACUCUUGUUUCAUGCCAGAAUUGUAUGAGUGUUGGUGACGUUAUAAGAGAAGUUGAUGGACGUUCAUUAAUUUCUUCGGAAUUCCUUCUUAUUAGUAAUCCAGCUUCAUUCUGUUCCUUUGAUUUGCGACCUCAGAUCAAAGCAUUCUUCGAACGACGGAAAGACAAGAACAAUGUAAUGACAUUGCUGUAUGCUGAAAGAGAAGGUUUGAAUCCUGUUAUCUGCCUUGAAAAAAAAUCUAAUAAACUGGCUGCAUUUCUUGGAGAAUCGGUGGUAAGGAAUGACAUUCAAGACACUGGACUUGCUCUCUGUUCACCCGUAAUAUGCAAUCAGUUCAGCGAUAAUUUUGAUUUUCAACGCAGGGAUGAUGUUAUAAGAGAAAUUUUAGUCCAUGAAGGAGUCCUUUGUCAAAACAUUCAUGUUGAUGUUCUUCCCUCUAAUACUGCUGCAUUUACUGUUAACGAUUAUGAAGGCCUCCUGCAUGCAAAUAAGCUUAUUUUGCAACGUUGGUUGUACCCCUUAAUUCCAAGUCGAGUUGGAGAUGGUAGAUUCAUAACUUUAAGGAACAAUAUUUAUUUAGCUUCAUCGGAUAAUGAAAUUACUCACCAGGAUCUCACUAACUGUGAAGGUGCCCAUGUUCAGUCGAGCAUAAUAGGAAAUAAUGUGUCAAUAGGACGAAAUGUGAAAGUAUUGGAGUCCUGUGUAGGUGACAACGUCGUUAUCGAGGAGGGAGCUAGGAUAGGCCCGAAAAGUAUUAUUGCAAAGAAUGUAGGUUUUGACAUGGCCAAUCUUAUUCUGGUAAAAGACAGUAUGGAAAGAACCGCAUCUGAAGAGGAAUUCAGCAAUGAUCUUGUAGAAAGUCUUAUUCUUGAGAUAAACUGUUCCAAACUGGCUUGUAACAUAUCCACGGAAGAUGUCGCACGGCGUGUUUUUUCCAGUUUUUUGGGACUUCCCCAAAAUGAAAACUUUUCUAAAGUGAAAAAAGUAGGUUUUUGUUACGUGAUGCUUUAUUUAACAUUUGUUUACCGGCUGAAAGAUGUUACGGGUUUUCAGGAAUACGUGGCCUUGUCUGGAAGGUUGAAACCUGUGGCCCCUAACAUUGUGCAUUUGUUCUAUGAACUGGGGAUCUUUGAAGAGGAGGCAAUACUUGAGUGGUAUAACACGGUGGCUGAUGAUGCUCCUGUAAAGAAACUUGUUGCUCCUAUUAUUGACUGGUUGAAUACCGCUGAAGAAGAUGACAGUUCAGAUGAUUCUGAGUAA